AUGGCUCCGAAAGUAGGUACUUUCAGUACUUACCGAAAUCGAAAGUCUACCGAAAAUACUUUCGAACAAGGUUUGGUUUACCGAAAUGUUCGAAAGUCGAAAGUCCUCUCAAUUUUUAUCUUACCCAG